CUCAAUGUCGUGACCUAAAAGUAAAAAAUUUCAGUACAUUAUACAUAUAUAUUUUAAUCUCGGCUAAUACGUAAAACUCUGCGGAGUUGCUAAACCAGAUUUAAGUUAUCUAUCUCUAUUAAUUUAUUCGGCCGGCAGUUUGAGUUUAUUUUAUGAAGACUAUGAACAGAAAAUAUGUUACUUAACACACAAUAACAAGAAUUUAAAACGAGGUUUCGUUACUUGUUUAAGCAAAAACUCUUCCGUUGAUAAUUAAAUAAUUCGCGGAGAAUAACUGAUGAAAGAGAAUAUAGAAUGUAUGCCCAAACUAAAACAAUGACAGAAAAAGUAUUCGUCGGUUCAAAAUAAAGUUCAAGUAUUGUUUAUAAUCGGCACAGAAAAGGCGCAAAAAUAGCCUCGAUCUGCACGAUAUUAACUUCAAAUCAGUCAAUAAACACAUUAUUUAGCGCAUAAAUGAUCGCAUUGACAAUUUAUUGCCCCGCGAAAUUACCAAAUCUCACGAAAAUUCAAAGCUGUCGCUGAUCCACGUUCUGGCGAUCGGUUAUCAUUCCGAAGACUGGCCUCCGUCAUAACUAAACUCACGAUAAACAAGACUGCAAUCAACGAAGUGUUAGGUUGUGUGUCGGUUAUCAUUCCGAAGACUGGCCUCCGUCAUAACUAAACUCACGAUAAACAAGACUGAAAUCAACGAAGUGUUAGGUUGUGUGUGCAAUAUGAUGCUCGCUGGAGCUCUAGACGACGCCAUGUCCGGAUGUAAAGCAAGGGCCACCGACUUCUCCAUCGCUGCCAUCAUGUCACGAGGCUCGGCGGCAGCCAACGCCAUCAGGCAUCCUUCGUCUCCACCUUUACAAAUAGGAAAACUGCCAGAAACGAGCAUCAAAUCGGAGGACGAGCUCGAUCCUCACAAUCUAGACCACGCUGAAGACAUCGACGUCGACGCCGUGUCCGAGCGAGAAGACAACGAAUCCUCCAAAGAAGACGCAUCCAGUUUGAUCGGAACGCCCCGAAGAAAUUCCCACAACUCGCACAUUAAUAAACAUAGUAACCACAGCAGCAGUCAGAAUGGACUUAGUAACAAGAGUCCUCGACAUCACCAGAACCAGAGUCCGUCGUCGCCUGAGCCUAUGGGAGUCGGCAAAGAAGACGACGAAGAUAAUCACUCACCGAACGGUGGCGCCGGAGGACGACCCAUCAAACCGACUAAAUUGGAACUGCGGGUACGAGGAAAUUGUCAAGACUUGGAGUCCAUUCCUUGUCACUUGGAAACCAAAGAACUCUGGGAAAAAUUCUACGAAUUGGGAACCGAAAUGAUCAUCACCAAAACGGGCAGACGCAUGUUUCCUACGGUGCGCGCUUCGUUCACGGGCCUGCGGUCGGAAGAACGGUACGCGGUGCUACUGGACAUCGUACCGGUUGACAGCAAACGGUACCGGUACGCAUACCACCGGUCGUCGUGGUUGGUGGCUGGUAAAGCGGAUCCCCCGCCACCGUACCGGCUGUAUGCUCACCCAGACUCGCCGUUUACAGGAGAGCAGCUCAAGAAGCAAGUUGUCAGCUUCGAAAAGGUCAAGCUCACCAACAACGAGAUGGACAAGGGCGGACAGCAGAUAGUCCUGAACUCGAUGCACCGCUACCAGCCACGCAUCCAUCUGGUGCGGCUAAAGGAGGGGCAGUCGGUCCCCAUAACGGACCUGGACUGUGAGGACCACAGGACCUACAUUUACCCUCAAACCGUAUUCACAGCCGUCACCGCCUACCAGAACCAGCUCAUCACUAAGCUGAAAAUCGACAGCAACCCGUUCGCCAAAGGCUUCAGAGACUCGUCGCGCCUCACAGAUUUCGAGAGGGACACCAUGGAAGGAAUGUUCGCAGACCCCCACUAUCUAGGAGCCAGGUUGCCCGGUUACCUCGAUCUUGACGCUGAAAACAACCUCAUAGAAAAAGCUCGAACCCGUCUCAUAUGGGGCGGACUUGCAGCUUUAACCUCACAAUCAGGCUCGUCACCUCAUCAACCUUCCCCGUCGCUUAUGACAAGCCCACACCAAUUUUCGAAUCUUCCAAAUCUCUCUAGUCUGCAAAGUUUACCUAACCUACAAGGGCUCUACGGUUUAAAUGGAGCAGCACGUGGAAGUCCAGCGGCCAGUUUGCCGAUACCAGCGCAUCUCUGGAGUCAGUGGACAGCUUUGCACGGACUCGCAUCGGCAUCUAAUCCUAAUCCAGCUUUAGCAGCGGCCGCGGCGGCGAGUCAUCUUGGCAAUCCUCAGGUUUCUGCAGCUUUAGCUUUGGCGUCGACCUCAGCAUCGUCGCCGGUUGUUGUAUCGUCGCCCAACGGUCACAUAACACGGCCGUUAUUCCCCGCACCGCUUAAUCUUCACCGUUAUUCCCCCUACUUCUUGCCAAAGAGCUCACCUCAAGAACCUCCUGACCAGCAAUCGUAGAAAUAUCAAUGUCGAUGUAUAUUUACGGUAUCCGAAACUACGUAGUUUUCGCAAAGGGUUUCUCGUUCGCGUACUGAUAGUAUUAUAGGCAAUUAUGUUUUUGGUCAUCCUUGCUUGAAAUAACAAUCUAUGAUUGAGCAAGAUGUUGUAAUUGCCAACUUAAAUAUUGUCAACGUUUUACAGUUUUAUUCGGUGAAGAAGCAAUUAAGUCUGGAACGGAGGCGUUCGACCUAGAAUAUGAUUUUCUUUAUCUGAAAUCAAAAUUAGUUUCAAUCAUCCAUCCCUAAGUUGGCAUUAUCCAUGCAUGAUUUUGCACAAUCAAUUAAUCAAUCAACUAGCCUAGACGAUCAGCGUCGGAAUAGUUAAUCUGAGCGAAUAAAAAUUCUAUAACGAAUUCAAUACGAAUAAUUCAUAACGAAUUAUAAAGUAAAUAAUUGCAAUUCACCUAGGAAAUUUGUCCCGAUGUGCAAUUUCAUUAAACGCUCCACAUAUCUUCGGUAAUUGUGUACUCAGAAUAUCCUAUCGUUUGAAGCAUAAAACAAAAUUAAAAUAAAUGCCCAUAAGUAGGUUUCAACUUUGUUUCAAAAUUUUCGUACUUUUUUCUGGAAGAUAAGUACAAAUAAACAUUCGGACGCCAACUUUAUUGUACCUUAUGCUGAAUAUAAUAUUCAAUCUAUCACAAAAGUAUGGAUGAGAAAACUUAUGUGGCCUCAUGCUUAACAGUAAUUCAUUUAUUCAAGAUAGAAAUUAUCAUAAAAAAAUCACGUCACGUUUACAAAUCGUCCCAAGCUUCUAAAUAAUUUAAAGCUUUGCGUUCCAGCAAUCGCUUUAUUUAAAUCGAAAACUGGAAACAUAAAAGGAAUGUAUGAUUUUUACGUGCACUGUAUGCUGUUUUUGUAAAGUCAUGUCCAUUCAUACAGAUGUGUAAAUAGUUUUAAAUAUUACUCCGUACACUGUAAAUAAAUAUCGGUGUUUGUUUAUGUAUUCAAUUAGCUUAUGGUAACGAACUGGAAUUCUCUCAAUCGUAUGGCUAGAUUUUUGUUGCCAACUUGAUCAGUCAAGAACGUUAAAAUAACGGAUAUUAAUAAAUAUAUAAUUAAAUGGAUUGAAUCAUUCAAAUUUUGAUUUAACAGGCGCAGUGAUCAUUCACUAGAGAAUGACAAUAACCCGAAAACUAACAUAAUACGUGUAAGAUACUUAUUAGCCUUAACCAAGCAUCAAUGAUGUCUUUAAAUUGCUGCAGUGCCGUAACAAACUUGCAUACAGAGUGCAAGAUUGCAAAAAAACGAUGGGGCAUUGACCCUCCCAAUAAAAAUAAUACAUGAAUGAGAGAAGGUCGCUAACUAUGGUUCGUUUAAAAAUGUACGGUCAUAAAUUAUGUGUUUGUUAAUGCAUACAUGAUGCAAAAACAUGGACUAGAACAUGAAAACGAACCCUACAACUUGGAUUUCGGGCAAAAUUGACUUAAAAAGUGUGGUAAAUUCAGUCUUGAUAAAUAAAAUAUAUUUGAUUCGCAAAUAUAUAAUUGAAUAUAUAUGAGCGCGUUGUAGAGGUUAGUCUUGAAUCAUCUUCAUAUGAGCGUUGUCUGAGCCCACGAGUUUUGUGAGUGUCAGAAUCCUGUGUUUUUGGAACCUCAUGUGGCAAAUUUACAACGAAAAGAAAUAAUAAAAUUUCAGAAGCCAAUUACAGACCAAAAUGCGUCCCUAAAUUUAUACCAUUUAAAUUCAACUAAGCAGUUAAGGAAUCGUUACAAAUUAAAAUGAAAUUGUUAUAAUUUUUGCACAUUUUAUUUAUCUGUUUCUUAUUUUAUUUCGAAUUUUUUUUCUAGAAAUUAUACCUUCAUUCAGUUUUGGACGGUAAAUGAACAUCUAUUAAAUUUUGAGAUCAGCAACGGUAGGUAAUAAGCUGAUCGAUUCUCGAAGAUGAGAUUUUAAAAGAUUGUAUAAAAAUAUUUAAAGAUAGUAACUUUUACCGGAACUUGGCUAUUAUAGGUUGUGCGCGAGAUGUAAUCGUCUGGCACGGUAUUUAUCAUUGGUUGAACUAGAUGACCUCUCAAUGGCCCUCCAACCUGUCAGCGGUAAGCGCUUUCCAUACAGCUUAUUAUAUUUUUAGUUGUUGGUUCAGAAUUCAAAAGAUAUUCAAGAGUAUAAAUUGUCGUUGAAAAGUUGCAUUCGAGCGCCACUUUUAAUUUUGACAGUCUUUCUUGAAAGAACUUCAAUUGGUUGCUAUAAUGUGAUCCUAAUGAGCAAAAUAGUUCCCAAGGAACGACUAGCCACUCAGUGUCAAAUUAAUCGUCAGAUGAGAAUAGUUUUGUCGUUAUUCUUUUCUUCAAGUAAAGAACUUUUAACAGAACUAAUUCUCGACCACUCUCAAAUGUAAACUUUUCAUUUCUGAAAUGUUUACAGAACUAAUUUUUUUCAUCCUCAUAUGUAAACCCUUAUUUUAUGCUUUCGAUCACCCUCAAAUUCGACCAUAAUUUUUUUUUUAAUUUUAAGCAAAACGAAAAAUUAUUACUUUCCAUUCCAGAAGUGAACAUGCUUUUCAUAUGGAGGGAAGUUUAACAGUCAUUUAGAGACAAUUACACCUUUCUUUUUUAGGUGAACAUAAUUCUAAAGAAUAAUUGUAAAAUUAACAUAUUUGUUUUCUGUACAGUUAUAUAUAUAGAUGUACGAAUUAGGUCGAGAAUAAACCUGUUUUAAAAAUUU